CGUCCUAUAUAAUAAUCUUGCAACAAAAUCUUCACACAAUUUAUGAUUGUUUUCGCAAUAAUGGAAAGUACAAUGGAGGUAUCUAUAUCAGACAUCCCAGAAGAAAUUCACAUGUUUAUCCUCAGUCGCUUGGAUGGACAAUCACUAGUCAGAGCCAAAAGAACAUGUAAAAUGUGGGCUUGUCUUAUAGAAAAUUUGGAGAAAUUCUUUGGUAUUUGGCUAAUGUGUUGUUUAAAUGAGAUACCAUUGUUUAUGUUAACUGAAAUAAUGGGAUAUAAUCAAAAGAAAGCAGAUCACACAAGUCUAAUAAAGUCCUAUAAACAGUUACCAUGGAUAUUUUGGCGAGAGAUUUAUGCUGAAUAUAAGAGAGCCUUUACCAUAGAAUGGGCAAAGAUGAAGAUGGCUGAUUUGUAUUAUGAUCAAGCUCACAGUAUGGUUACUUCAUUAGCUAUUAAAGAUGGUAGAUUGUUAACAGGACAUGAAGAUGGUAGUGUGUUCUGUUGGAAGAAUGUUGCAAUGGAAGGUCUUGACUUGAAACUUAUCCAUAAACAUCAGAGGAGGGUCACUUGUAUGGCUGUCACCACUACAUGCACAGAUGUAUCAGAACUUUUGUCCAGUAAAUGUCAUACCUUAAUAGUGACAGGAUCACAAGAUUAUGGCGUGUUUGUAUCUGACAUGACCAAGCCAAAUUCUACAGAGAUAGAUUACUACAACCUACAAAUUAACUCCGUAAGCUGUUUUGGUCCAUACAUUACCUCAGUGGCUAAUGGUAGCUUUGUACAAGGUCAGUCAGUGUGGCAUGUAUCAACUGAAGGCAGCCUGACAGUAACCCAGGAAAGUAAAUUAGAACCACCUGAUAACUAUUCUAAUCCUGCACAUGUAGCAUUAACAGAGGAUAAGGUAUUUGUAGUUGAAGAAAAUGGAGAAUUAUACAGAUGGACAUGGAAUGAUGGGAUACCAAACAAAUCUGUUGUCAUUACAAAUUUCGCUAGUCCUGUUAAAUCUCUUAUAUGUAAAGAUGAUUGUCUGGUCUGUCUUCUUGAAAAUGGUGAAUUAGAAGUCACAGAUUGUAAAGCUAGUUACCACAAAAAGUGGAAUAUUUAUGAAUUAUUACAGAGACAGCCAGAAAGUAUUGCAUGGAGAGGACCUUUAUUUGCUCUGGGGACUAAAGGAGGAGUGGUAUAUAUAUAUUUUGUUAAAGACAUUGAAGACAUGAAAAGUUUGGAUCUCACAAAACCUGCAUCAAAACUAACAGUAGAAGCUGAACAUGUGAAUCAUAUUGCCAUAGGAGAUGAUGGAUCUAGUCCUCUGGUAGCCAUAGCAACAGAACAGUUACAUUUAUCACUGUUUAAAUUCAUAAAAUGGAAAUAGUCAUAAUUAAAGAACAAAUUAGACAUUAAUAUAAAACCAUUUUUAUUUGUACUUUGGUAAUAAUGUUUUGACAUUGUUUAUACCUAUUUUGUGCAAUAUUCAUAGUUAUGUGGACUUUAUAUACUGGGUAAUAAUAGCAAAUACCAUGACUGUCUUUUGUAGUAAUCUCUUUCAAGAAGACAAAUUAUGUAAAGUUUGUGAAUAUUCAACACACAUCGAAUUAUGACAUUAUGCACUGGUUGCUAUUUUUUUUUUGGGGUCAAAGGGGUAACUGUUUAUUUUGUUGUUCAUCUGAUUUUUUUUUCUCUUUAGAACUUGUUGACAUAUACUUUUGUAAAUGCCUUUGGAUUGUUUGUUUUAUGAUAGAUCAAAUUUUAAAGAAUCAACAAUGUAGAGAUGAUUAUAUUCUUCAAAAAUUGUGCUUAAGCAUGCUACAUAUUGUUUCUUUAUAAUUGACAACUUAAUAUAGUGCAAUCGAAUUUAACACUGUUAGGAUAUACUUAUAAUUCUUCAAAACUGGUGCUUGAAACAUGCUAGUUUCUUAAUGUCAGCAUAAAACUUGAUAAGGUCCAUGAUUACAUUGACACAAGAUGAUUUUAAUGUGAAACCAAUUGUUUUCUUGUUCAUCUCAGUAUUUAUUGUCGAAACUACUACAUGAUACACAAUCGUAUUAGGAUCUUUUAGUAUUGAGUUCCUUAUUUUUUUUUACAUGAUGGAAGAAUACAUCAAAAAUUCAGUUUUACAUUCUUUUAUUUGUAUUGUUAGGCAUUCCUAUUUCGAAUGCAGUGUAUAUUAUAUAGUUAGGUUAUUCAAUAAAUAUUGUAAUUCAUUCAUUUUUAAAAGGAAUUCUAUUUUGUUAUAUCAUCUGUUUUUAUCUGAGAAAGAACUUUUGUUACAGGAAUUUUAUUAAAUGCAAUUAUAUUUUUUAUAUCAGAUGUUGAAGAAUCAACAAUGUGGGGUAAUGAUUAAAUCCUUAAAAAGUGCUCCAUACAUGUCAAUUAAUGUCAGCAUACAAACUUUAUAAUGACCCACUAAACAUAGUAUAAAAAUCUUGUAAUUCAAUUCAUAUUAAACCCUGACAACUAAAAAUGUGUACAAUACAAUAAUUUUGAUUUCUCUAAGGAACCAAAUUAAAAAAACUUCAGUGAAAUUAAACCUAUGUUAUCCUCAUUAAGACUAAUUAUGGACUCUUACCUAAACAUUACCUAUAUAUUUUGGUCACCAGUGUUACUUAACAAAUAGGUCAUAUAAAAAGUUCUGAGAAAUCAUGUUAAGGACUUAUUGUAACCAAACUUCGGUAAGAUAAUGUAUUUUUUUAUUCUCUUAACGAUUUUUGGUUAAUUACCAAAUUGGCUUUCUAACUAUUAUUAGAAAUGGAAAAAGAUUGAAACAAGGAUAAAAAAAACUCUGAACAAUAAAAUUUUAAGAACUUAUAACUAUCAAAACAUCAAUUAAAAAAUAUGGUUAUGAUCCUCUUUUAGAAUUGUGGUUGAUGACUAUACAUCUGGCUUCAAACAUGGCCACCUCAGUUACUAAAAAUAGAAAUUUGACAAAAGAUUCAUUGAAAUAAUUUGUAAUCUGGGAGUUUAUAGCUGAGCAUAUUGUAAAGACAAUUGCUUAUUUCUGAUAACCAUAUGCUGACCUCUCAAAGUUUUUUUUUUUGCUUUGUGGGGUUCCUGUCUCAUUGACAUAUGCCCCACAUCAUUUUAUUUAGGGAAAGAUCAAUCACUUCCAAACAGUUGUGAAGUAUUACAUUAUGAUCCUCCAUUAACAUUUUUUGUUUAUAUGACCCAAUCUUCUCAAACAUGGCCAUCGUAAUUCAAAAUAAAAAUUGAAAAUAUUAAAUAAAGUUCAUUUACAAAAAUCUCCUAGACUUAAUACCAUAGCUGGAGCUUAAUCUUAAUUCUUAUUUAUUUGCAAAAUGCAAUGAAGAAUUUCUGAAAAUCCAUUUUAGCUUGAAAUCUUUUGUAGACCAUCUAGGUUUUAAUAGGGUUGUAGAGUGUCCUUUGUUGACAGUGGACAGAUUUUCAGGUAAAAAAUACACGCUUUUUUGAGCUUUUUGUUUAAUUCUAGUCUUAGUUUGAUGCAUUGUCAUUUUUGUCAUUUCUGCGACUUUUGUCGCAGAAAGCUCGACAUAGGGAUAGUGAUCCGGCAGCAGCAGCGUUAACUAACUUCUUAAAAGCUUAAUAUUUCAAAAGGUAGAAGACCUGGAUUCUUCAUACUUUGUAUAUAGAUGCCUUAUGAUAUGAAGUUUCCGUCUGUCAUAUGCCCAUUGUCCUUGGCCUCAUUUUCAUGGUUCAGUGACUACUUGAAAAAAAGUUCAGAUUUUUUGUAAUGUUAAUUUCUCUCUUAUUAUGAGUAAUAGGAUAACUAUAUUUGGUAUGUGCAUACCUUGCAAGGUCCUCAUGCCUGUCAGACAGUUUUCACUUGACCUUGACCUCAUUUCAUGGAUCAGUGAACAAGCUUAAGUUUUUCGUGGUCAAGUCCAUAUCUCAGAUACUAUAAGCAAUAGGUCUACUAUAUUUGGUGUAUGUAAUGAUUGUAAGGUGUACAUAUCCAACUGGCAGGUGUCAUCUGACCUUGACCUCAUUUUCAUGGUUCAGUGGUCAUAGUUUGUGUUUUGGUAUGUUUUUCUAAUACUGUAUGCAAUAGGUCAACUAUAUUUGGUGUAUGGAAAUAUUUUACGAUGUACAUGUCAGUCUGGCAGGUUUUAUUUUACCUUGACCUCAUUUUCACGGUUCAUUGCUCAAUAUUAAGUUUUUGUGUUUUGGUCUGUUUUUCUAAUACUGUAUGCAGUAGGUCAACUAUAUUUUGUGUAUGGAAAUAUUUUACGAUGUACAUGUCAAUCUGGCAGGUUUUAUUUGACCUUGACCUCAUUUUCACGGUUCAUUGCUCAAUGUUAAGUUUUUGUGUUUUGGUCUGUUUUUCUAAUACUGUAUGCAGUAGGUCAACUAUAUUUUGUGUAUGGAAAUAUUUUAUGAUGUACAUGUCAGUCUUGCAGGUUUUAUUUGACCUUGACCUCAUUUUCAUGGUUCAUUGCUUAUGUUAAAUUUUUGUGUUUUGGUCUGUUUUUCUUAAACUUUAAGCAAUAGGUCAACUAUAUUUGUUGUAUGGAAUGAUUGUAAGGUGUAUAUGUCUGUCUGGCAGGUAUCAUCUGACCUUCACCUCAUUUUCAUGGUUGAUUGGCCAAUUUUCAGUUUUCCAGGUCAACUUUGUUUCUUAGAUACUUUAAGCAAUAGGUCAACUAUAUUUGAUGCAUGGAAUGAUUUUAAGGUGUACAUGUAUGUCUGGCAUGGUUCAUCUGAGCUUGACUUCAUUUUCAUGGUUCAUUGGUCAGUAUAGAAUUUCCAUCGUUUGGUCAGUUUCUUUUAUACUAUAAGCAAUAGGUCAUCUAUAUUCUGUGUAUGGAAUGAUUGUAUUAAAGGUGUACAUGUAUUUCCAGCUUUGUUUAUCUGACCUUGACCUCAUUUUCUUGGAUCAUAAAUGUUAAUGUGAUACUUGUAGUAAAACUGUAUAUGUAGGACUAUCAACAUAAAAUCAAUGGUUAGUAUAGUAGCUAGACAUUUCAGCGUUUGCACUCUUGUUUCUAUUUCUCAAACAAUUUCUUUGUCAACAUGCUGAAUUUAUAGUAUGCUUUUUUUCUCAUGGUCAUUUAUUUUCAUUUGAUAUUAUUUAAACUUUUGUUGAUAUUAGACAUAAACAGAAUCAAGGUUCUACAUUUUUUCGAUAAAUUAGACCAAACAAUGCCAUUAUAACACCCAUUUCUUUUUUGCCAACAACUGAUUCACUGACAGUAUACAAUAAGAAAACAGUUUAUUAUAUAUGUACAGAUACAGCAGUAAACCAUAAUAAUUUUUUUUUCAAGAAACAUUGUUCAUUAUUAUUUUAGAAAAAUCUUAUGCAGUAAUUGUGAUGGUAUUAUGUUUUUAUCAUUAUUGAUUUUAUUUGUAUUGAAGAUACAGUUGGAAUUUUUGCACUGUCUAUUUUAUUUUAGAGUCAAAGUUUUUUUAUUGAAUUAAAAUGAAAAAAAUCUUA